UAUAAGAUAAAAAUAAACAAGUUAUCGUUGUAUGAUUUAUCCCAUCUUAAUCAAAAAUAUUAUAAUGGAUGUUGUUAAGUAAAUAAUAUGAAUGAAAAAGUAUUUCUCAAUUUUUGAGGUUAGAUUCUAAAUAAAUAGGUAAUGUCACUAAUGUGCUUCAUUCAUGGUGUUCGUUUCCAUACUGCAUUUACUUGUCGCUCACAUGUGUCGGUUGUGUGCUGAAAAUAUUUUCAUCUAUUUAUUGUGAAUAUUUAUUAAUUUAUUAGUAAAAAUGAAUAUUUUGACAAACGAAGAUAAUCCCAAUACAUUAAAAUUAGUAAUCGCAGCUAAAAUAGUUCAACAAUCUGUUACCGUAAAAAAGGUAGAACCAAAAGGAAGCUUUUUAGGCCGUUUACCUUCCAUUGAACUAUCAUCCGGAUUAGUAUUAUUUAGUACUAAUGCAGCAAUGCAGCUUAUAAUAUCUCCAUCCGAAGAGUCAAAAAUUAUUAAUAACAAAUGGUUAGAAUGGGAAAUAUCUCAAUUACAGUCAGCUAUAAUAUUUUAUGGUAAUACAGGAAUUUAUAAAACUACACAUAAAUCAUGUUUAUGGUCUUUAUUAGAAGAACUUAAUAAUGUAUUGAAAGAUAAAAAGUACUUAAUUAAGGAUAAUAACGAUUUAUCAUUAGCAGAUAUAUGUAUUUGGGUGACUUUAUGGUCUACUGUAUUAGUUACAGAAAUUGGAAAUGAAUUAUGUAAAGAAUAUCAACAUAUUAAUAAUUGGAUAUCCAAUAUUGAAUCACAUCCAAUUAUUCAGGAUUCUAUCAAAGAAUAUAAAUUUGAAAGAGGUUUGAAAGCUAUUUUCAGUAUUCAAACUGUAUCUUGGUUUCCUAUUAAUACUAUACAAAAUUUUCGAUCUCCUAAAUCAGCUGAUAUUCAGCUUAGUCCAACUAAAGAAAAAGAAGUGGAAGCAGUUAGUCAAGAAGAAAUGCAUAUUAUUUCAAGUAAUUGGUCGUCUAUAUCAUAUCCUGAUAUAAAGAAUUUUCCUUAUCCCGUAUUACCAAAAAAAGAUGAAAGAAAUAUUUUAAUAACAUCAGCACUACCUUAUGUCAACAAUGUUCCUCAUUUAGGAAAUAUUAUUGGUUGUGUUCUUUCUGCUGAUAUUUUUGCCAGAUAUUGUAGACAAAGAAAUUAUAAUACUCUUUUUAUUAGUGGUACUGAUGAAUAUGGUACUGCUACAGAAGCUAAAGCUUUAGAAGAAAAAACUACGCCUCAGAGUAUUUGUGACAAAUUUUUUGAUAUACAUAACGAUGUUUAUCGAUGGUUUAACAUAGGAUUUGAUUAUUUUGGUCGAACUACUACACCUGAACAAACAGAAAUUGUUCAAAAAUUUUUCUUAAGGAUUAAAUCACAAGGUUAUAUAUUAAGUGAAACUGUAGAUCAACUUCUUUGCGAAACUUGUGAUAGAUUUUUGGCAGAUAGAUUUGUAGAAGGAACUUGUCCAAGAUGCAAAUAUGAAGAUGCACGUGGUGACCAAUGCGAUGGAUGUGGUCAUUUAAUAAACGCAACAGAUUUAAUAUCUCCGCGAUGUAAAGUAUGUAGUAAUAGGCCUAUUGUUAAAAAAUCGGAGCAAUUCUUUCUAGAUUUACCUAAAUUAGAAAAUAAGUUAAAGGAAUGGUCGUCAACCGUAGAAAAAGGAUGGUCGGGUGUUGCAAGAGUAGUUGCAAAACCAUGGUUACGUGAUGGACUUAAACCACGAUGUAUAACGAGAGACUUAAAGUGGGGUAUACCUGUUCCGGUAAAAGGUUUUGAAAAUAAAGUAUUUUAUGUUUGGUUUGAUGCACCUUUUGGUUAUAUCAGUAUCACAAAAAGAUAUACAAAAGAAUACGAGCAAUGGUGGAAACCUAAAGAUAUAAAAGUUGAUCUAUAUCAAUUUAUGGCAAAAGAUAAUGUUCCAUUUCAUGCAAUCAUGUUUCCUGCUUCCUUAUUAGCAGCUAAUGAAGAUUAUAUAUUAUUGAAACAUUUAAUGGCAACAGAAUACCUUAAUUAUGAAGAUACAAAGUUUUCUAAAUCGAGAGGUAUAGGAGUAUUUGGAACUGAUGCUAGAGAUACAGGUAUACCAUCUGAUGUAUGGCGAUUUUAUCUAGCAUAUGUUAGACCCGAAACUCAAGAUUCAAAUUUUAAUUGGGUAGAUUUAGCAACUAAAAAUAAUAGUGAAUUAUUAAACAACUUUGGAAAUUUUGUUAAUAGGGCUUUGGUAUUUGUGGAAAGAUAUUUUGAGUCUAAAAUACCACCAAUAGAACUUCAGGAAGAUGAUUUGAUAUUAUUGGCAUUGGCUCAACGAGAAUUAUCAUCUUAUAUACAUGCUAUGGAACAAGCUAAAUUACGUGAUGGUUUGAAACACAUUUUAGCAAUUUCAAAACAUGGAAAUCAGUAUAUGCAGUUUCAAGAACCAUGGGUGAAAAUCAAAGGAACUGAUAAUGAUAAAAAAAGAGCUGGAACAAUCAUCGGUAUUAGCUGUAACGUGGCGUGUCUUUUAUCGGCUCUUUUGGCUCCAUUUAUGCCCAGUAUCGCUCGUGAAUUAAGAUCGCAAUUAGGAUUAACCACCAAUAGUUAUGGUUAUAUUCCUGAUUUUAUUACAAAUAUACUUCCAACGGCACACAAAAUUGGUAAACCGUCUCCUCUAUUUAAAAAAAUAGAAGAUAAAAAUAUAGAAACAUUAAGAAAAAAGUAUGCUGGUAAACAAGAAACUACAAAUGAACAUAGCGAUGUAAAAUCUUUGGACAAUGCAAUUGCAGAACUGGACACUAAAGUUAAAGAAUUAAAAGCCAAACAUGACAAAAACGGUUGGCAGUCCAGUCAAGUACAAAUUUUCUCAGAUUUAAAGAAAAAACUUUCUGAUCUCAUAAGUGAAAAAAAUAAGUCUUUUGAUUCGAAAAAUAAAAAACCUGAAGUAGUUUUAGUACCUGAACAAAAUGGAGAUGUUUCAAUGGAUGUAGCGACUUUGGAAUCAGCUAUUGCUAUGCAGGGUAAUCUUGUGCGUACAUUAAAAGCUAAAGAAGAAAAAUCAGUGUGGCAACCUGAAGUGGAAAAAUUAUUAAAACUCAAAAAACAAUUAGCAGAUCUCACUGGAACAGCUCCUACUUCAAAUGAGAAAAAGUCAAAAAAGAAAAAUAAAUAGAUACUCAACCAAUAUGUAUACAUUUUACAUAUUAAAACCUCAAGGUUUAGUAUAAUAAAAAA